GGCCUACCUCAGUCCCGGGCAGUGAGGUGUCGGGGCUUUAGAACCGUAGAUAUUUGCCAUAUAAUUGUAUAACUGCUUAGCUUCUCAUCCACAUAAUUUGAUCAGGACUUCUGCUUCCAAGCCAAAACUAAAUAUGACCACUCUUCAUCUCAAAUUGUCUUCACCUUCUUCCCUUCCUAUCCCACAGAGCAUUCGAACUCUUUCUAAUACCAUUCAAUGCUGCGCAAACCCGAAGGAGACCAAUCCUAGGACAGUUAUCCCGACCAACGGGCAUGUGGCCUUUCCUGAGAUGGACCUCCUUAUCCGGCGGGCUGUUGUCCCGCCUCCCCGGCCUCGUAGGAUUAUCUUGGUCCGGCAUGGGCAGAGCGAAGGGAACGUGGACGAGAGCAUCUACACGAGGGUCGCGGACCCCAAGAUUGGGCUCACUGAUGUGGGCAAGCUCCAGGGCCGGGAGUGCGGGCUGAGGAUCAGGAAGAUGAUCGAGGACGACGGAGGGAAGGACUGGAAGGUGUAUUUCUACGUUUCGCCAUACAAGCGGGCACUCCAGACGUUGGACCACUUGGGCCGGGCGUUCGAGCGCCACAGAAUCGCUGGAGUGAGAGAGGAGCCUCGCCUGAGAGAACAAGAUUUUGGGAAUUUCCAGGACAGAGAGAAGAUGAAAAUCGAGAAAGCAACCCGAAUGGUAUAUGGUCGUUUCUUUUAUAGAUUUCCUAAUGGAGAAUCUGCAGCAGAUGUGUACGACCGAAUCACAGGAUUCAGAGAGACCUUGAAAGCGGAUAUCGACAAAGGAAGGUUCCAACCGCCAGGCGAACAAAACCAGAACGUGAACUUGGUACUAGUUUCUCAUGGUCUUACGCUCCGAGUGUUCCUUAUGAGGUGGUACAAGUGGACAGUGAAGCAAUUUGAGGGGCUGCAUAACCUGGGCAAUACGGGAAUGAUCGUAAUGGAAAGGGGCCAUGGUGGAAGAUAUAGCUUACUAGUACAUCACGAUGAGAAGGAGCUCAGGGAGUUUGGACUGACGGAUGAGAUGCUGAUUGAUCAGGAAUGGCAAAAGCAGGCGAAACCUGGGGAGCUGAACUACGACUGCCCCAUGUUGAAUUGUUUCUUUCCUCACUUCAACACCGAGAUGGAAAAGAUAUCGGAUAAGAAUGCCGUGAUUGUAAGCAAAGAAGUCGAGGGGAUUUCCGGUGACUAGCAUGGAAUGCACGAAGAACGCAUGUAUAGAAGCACGGCAUUUCCUUAUCAAUCAUUAUAAAUGAAUACGUGCUGAAUCUCUGCAGAAUUCGGGUUUUAGUUCUGCUACUAAUCUUUUUUUUUUAUAAUAUUAGCAACUCUUUCUGAUCUAGGAUGAGAAAUAGAGACGGCUUCUUUGAUAACUGUAUGUACAUACUACGAGCAUCAAUUACGACGCUCCAUCUGCAAGAUUACACA